AUUAAUUCCGAAUAUAACUUUUGUACUUCGUUUCUAUUACAUACAACGCGUAACUUGCUCACAUAAAAUCAUCUUAUUUUUCACCUUCGUUACCAAAUAAGAACCCUAAUUUCACCCUCUUAAAUCUUAGCAUCCUCAAUGAUCAUCCCUAGCCUUUCUAUUACAAUUGCUACGACGGUGAAAUAAAGGCAACGACACAUCCCCAGCGAUAGAGGAUUUCAAGGAUUCCCCCAAGAGGUAUUUUUGGCGAUAAAAUUGCAUCAGAACAACUGGUAGCUCAAAGUCUGAUAUUUAUUGGAAGAGUUGUUGCUCUUUCACUGCUAUGGAACACCCUGAUGAUGAUUCCCAUGGAGUUGGUGAAAACCAGAGCAAGCAAGAUGAUGAGGUAUCACGUCGUGAAGAAUUAAAGAAAUCCUUAGUAGCAAAAUUGGCUCUUCGUCAGAGUAAUUUGAAUCCUGAAAGACCUGACUCCAGUGCCUUGCGAACAUUGGACUCUAGCAUCAAACGUAACACAGCAGUUAUCAAAAAACUUAAACAAAUCAAUGAAGAGCAGCGUGAAAGUCUGAUGGAUGAAUUAAAAAAUGUCAACUUAAGCAAAUUUGUGAGUGAAGCAGUGGCUGCAAUCUGUGAUGCCAAGUUAAAAAGUUCAGACAUACAGGCUGCAGUUCAGGUCUGUUCAUUGCUUCAUCAAAGAUACAAAGAUUUUUCUCCAACUUUAGUUCAAGGCCUUAUGAAAACAUUCUUUCCUGGGAAAUCUUCAGAGGAUGUAGACGCAGACAGAAACUUAAAGGCCUUGAAAAAGCGAAGUGCUUUAAAACUUCUACUUGAACUGUUUUUUGAUGGAGUUAUAGAAGAUACUGGAAUUUUAAUAACCAUCAUUAAGGAUCUUGCGAGUUUAGAACACCUAAAAGAUAGAGACACAGCUCAUACAAAUCUGUCUCUUCUUGCUAGUUUUGCUAGACAGGCAAGGUACUUCAUAGGACUUUCACAUGCUGGAGAAGAACUUGUUGAAGAGUUUUUUAAGGGGCUUAAUAUCACUUCAGACCAGAAGAAGGUGUUUAAAAAGGCGUUUCAUACGUAUCAUGACGCUGCAGUUGAAUUACUUCGGUCUGAACACACUUCACUUCGACAACUGGAGCAUGAGAAUGCAAAGAUUUUAAAUGCCAAAGGGGAGCUGAGUGAGGAAAAUGCUUCGUCAUAUGAAAAAUUACGCAAAUCUUACGACCAACUUUAUCGAGGUGUUUCUGCGUUAGCAGAAGCACUUGAUAUGCAACCACCUGUGAUGCCAGAGGAUGGUCACACGAGGCUCACAACAGGUGAUGAUGUCUCAUCUCCUGGUACUGGAAAAGAGGCUUCUGUUGCUGAAGCUUUGUGGGAUGAUGAAGAUACAAAAAGUUUUUAUGAAUGUUUACCUGAUCUCAGGGCAUUUGUUCCUGCUGUAUUAUUGGGUGAAGCGGAACAGAAAGGGAAUGAUCAGUCAUCAAAAGCAUCAGAUCAACCAAGUGACUCAACAACACCUGAGUCUGAUCAAGGUCAGAUUGCUGCCCAAGACACUGCAGAGACAUCUGUAAGUGAGAAAAAGAAAGAUGAUGAUGAAAAAGAUAAAGGAAAAGAAAAAGAAAAAGAUGGUGAAAUAAAAGCUGAAAUUGAAAAAGAGAAGCUUCGAGGUCCUGAAGGAACCAACUUAGACGGCUUAAUACAGAGGCUUCCCGGCUGUGUGAGCCGUGACCUAAUUGACCAAUUGACUGUGGAAUUUUGUUAUUUAAAUUCAAAAGCUUCCCGCAAAAAACUUGUACGCGCUUUGUUCAACGUGCCCAGAACAUCUCUGGAACUGCUACCCUACUAUUCGCGAAUGGUUGCCACACUGUCAACUUGUAUGAAGGAUGUCCCUUCUAUGCUUUUGCUGUAUUUGGAAGAAGAAUUCAACUCUCUGAUAAAUAAAAAGGAUCAAAUGAACAUCGAGACAAAGAUCAGGAACAUUCGGUUUAUCGGCGAGCUUUGUAAAUUUAAAAUCGCACCAGCUGGGCUUGUUUUCAGCUGCCUAAAGGCGUGUUUGGACGAUUUUACCCAUCACAACAUAGAUGUCGCCUGCAAUCUUCUGGAGACAUGUGGCAGAUAUCUUUAUCGUUACCCUGAUACUAAUGUACGCAUGGCAAACAUGUUGGAGAUUCUAAUGCGUCUAAAAAAUGUCAAAAAUCUGGAUCCUCGUCACAGUACUCUUGUUGAGAAUGCUUAUUAUUUAUGCAAACCACCUGAACGUUCUGCAAGAGUCUCCAAAAUUCGUCCCCCUUUACAUCAGUAUAUCAGAAAGCUACUGUUUACAGACCUUGACAAGUCUUCAAUUGAAGAUGUAUUGAGACAACUCCGGAAGUUACCAUGGAGUGAAUGCGAACCCUAUCUUUUAAAAUGCUUUUUGAAGGUUCAUAAAGGAAAAUACGGUCAAAUUCACCUGAUUGCUUCACUAACUGCUGGGUUGAGUCGCUACCAUGAUGAGUUUGCAGUUGCUGUAGUCGAUGAGGUUUUGGAGGAAAUAAGGUUGGGAUUGGAGAUAAACGAAUAUGGAAUGCAGCAAAGACGAAUUGCUCACAUGCGAUUCUUAGGCGAGCUAUACAAUUAUGAACAUGUGGAUUCUUCAGUUGUUUUUGAUACAUUGUAUCUCAUUCUCAUUUUUGGUCAUGGAACAGAAGAGCAAGAUGUGCUUGAUCCACCUGAAGACUGUUUUCGCAUUAGGAUGAUCAUCACACUUCUGGAAACCUGUGGGCAUUACUUUGGUCGAGGUUCAUCAAAGAGAAAACUGGAUCGGUUUCUGAUUCAUUUUCAACGUUACAUACUCUGCAAAGGUCCACUUCCUCUAGAUAUUGAAUUUGACUUGCAGGAUUUGUUUGGUGAUUUACGUCCGAACAUGACUCGUUAUUCCACCAUUGAAGAAGCUGAUGCUGCUCUGGUUCAGCUGGAGGAACAUGAACGGUCAGGUGAGAAGCACCACACAGAGCAGGAAAAGCCAAGAAGCAUGUCGGGCAGCUCCUCCUCGGUCAACGGUCAGGUUGUUGUUGCAAAUGGUAUGGAAGAAGAAAACGGUGGGACCCAUCAUGAACUGGAAUCCGACAGUGCAUCUCAGGGCAGCACCAUGGAUCCAGACGGGAAUGAUGACGAGGAAGAGCUCGAUGACGAUGCAUGCGACAGCGAGGAUGAUUACGCUGGCCCUGCUUCUGACGAGGAUGACGAAAUCCACGUCAGACAGAAAGUCAUGUUGGUUGACCCCGAGGAAGAAGCCGAAUUUGACCGAGAAUUUAGAGCUCUAAUGCAGGAAAGCUUGGAUUCAAGGAAGCUGGAGUUGCGGGCCCGGCCGACACUGAACAUGAUGAUACCGAUGAAUGUGUUUGAGGGACAGGGGCAUGGGAGUGGAAGGGUGAGUGAGGGUGAAAGUGGUGAUGAAGGAACAGAGUAUGAAGAGGGUGGUGGGCGAAAGGAGGUGCAGGUGAAAGUGCUGGUGAAACGUGGGAGCAAACAGCAAACGAGGCAGAUGUUGAUACCGAGUGACUGUUCUCUGGUUCAGAGCACUAAACAGAAGGAAGCAGCAGAGCUGGAAGAGAAACAAGAUAUCAAGAGAGUGGUGGGGGGAGAGUGGUCUACAGAGGCCACUCUUGGGAAGGUCAUGGCGGGAGGUCUGGCUCCCGCCAUAGGUAUCCCCAUCAUACUGGCGGGGGAUACUAUUAUAGCAGAAGAAAAUGAAAAGAUGGGCGAUGGGUAA